AUGGCACAUAAUUACCGCAACGGCUUAUUCGGUGCUAGUCGCGGCGUAAACACCCAGGGUGACGUUGACGGAAUGAUAAUACCAUUUCGCGAUAGGUCGCAUUGUCGGGUCCGUAAGUUCCAGCUGGACGGGUUCCACGUCUGCCACGGGCAGAAAUGGUUCUGUGUCAAUGAAGGCUUUGCCGACACUCGUCGGUACUGGACUUUCCGGAAGAUAAAGCGCGCCAGUUUUUGGAUAUCACUUGGAUACCAUGUACCUUCUGUGUGCUUCGUCGAUGUCCGUGGCUUCUCCCAGUCCUAUUUUGCGGAGAAGCGCUUCUGGGAUAUGACUAUACCGUUCUAUGGCAUCGGAGAUCCAUUCGUCUGUUUCCAAUUCCGUUUCGGGUCAUGGGGGAAGGCUAACGCCAGUGCUGAUUGA